AUGUCUGCAUCAGCUAAAACUACUAUCCCAUAUGAGGCAGUUAUAGUUGAUGUUAAUUCUUUAGAAAUUGCUGGCCGUCUUAUUUGUUCGAUUAAACAAAGAUGGACAACAAAUAAAUUAGUUUUCAAAAAUUUAAAUAACGACGAUCAUCUUGUUCGUUAUGUUGUAUUUUUAAAAGACAAUGAAGAUGAAGAGUCUAGUGUGAUUCUUAGAAUUUAUCCAACAAGUUCAGAUGUAUACACUGAUCAUCAAGAGCAACUUCGUUUACUCACUCAUUUAGCUCAACAUCAGCAAGCGCCACAUAUUUUAUUAACAUUUACUAAUGGAUAUUUUUCUAGUUAUAUUCAAGGGAAGAUACUUGAUAUAAGAGAACAACGAACACAUGAAUUAAUUGCUCAAAAAAUGGCUAAAUUACAUUCAAUUCCAAUAAGAUUUCAUGGCCCACAACUACCCGAUAAAUUAAUGCAUUUUAUUGAUUUAUUUACUAGUAAAAAUUUAGCCUUACACGAUCGUCUUCUCAAAACGAAGAAAGAAAAUGAAAAUUCCAAUAGUCAAAAUAGUAAAAGUGUUUUCAAAUCAUUAAAAACAGCUAUUGGUUUCAAUAAACCUCCGGUAUUUCCAUUGACAUUGGUUGAACUUGAAUUAAGAUUAAGAGAUACUUCGUGGACUGAAAUUUCCGAUGAUAUUGAUCGUAUGAAAUUGAUUUUUGACAAUAAUUGGUCCUCGCUCAAGAUUCCUACUGUAUUAUGUAUUAAUAAUAUGAAAAUAAAUAAUUUUGUAUGCGAUAUAAAAGAUCAAUCUGUAUCAAUUAUUGACUUUGAUCACUGUUCACAUAAUUAUUAUCUUAUUGAUAUUGUUUCAUAUUUUCUCGCAAUAGCAAAAGAUAAUUAUGAUACGAAAUAUCCGGCACGUCCCUUACAAAAAUCAUUUCUCAUUCAAUAUCUUAAAUAUUCAAAAUUGAAUUUGUCAACAAUAAUCUAUAAUCAAUAUCAGCCGAACGAUUCUGAGCUAGAAUAUUUAUGCUAUUUAUGCGAUUCACUGAUCGCACCCAUUCAUCUUUAUUGGGCUCUAUGGGCAUUUUUACAAGCAUUACUUACAGAGCCUACAUCGACAUUUGACUAUGUUAAUUAUGGUAAAAUUCGACUUGCUCAAUACUACAAGCAUCGAAAGGAUUUUUUUCGCUCUGAAAAUCAUACUGAAAAAGAUAUGCCAAAAUUUUAA